AAGAUAAAAGCUCAGUUGAUGCGUUUCUGCUUCAUUUCAUUGUUCAGCACGUCAAGGAACGGACACGAGAGAGCUAAGUCUUUCUUUAUCAGCACCAUGAACAAACUAAAAUGCUUCAAAAGCUUUUUUUCCCGCUCUGACAGACGGGGCGAACAGGAAGAGAGUGGGCCUGUGGACAAUCUGCAGGAUUUAAUUGCAGGGAUCCAAACAAUAUUAGUGGACGAACUUAUAGACAACCUGCUUCCUCCACUAAAGGAGUUUGUAUACAAUCGAUGUCCAGCAAAAUCCGUCCAUUUAAACCAGACCAGGAACCAAAAUGACCCUGGACCCUCUGGACACAGUCACAUGUUAGAACAGCAGCUUGAAACAGAGCCAGAAGAAUGCACUGAGGGGAACAUUGAAACCCUCAGAAAGGCCCAUGAAAGGGAACCAGGAGCAGAAGAAGACAGUAUGGACCUGAGGAAUUCUGUGAGGCAGGUCCUGUUCAGUAGUGCCAGCAGCACACAGCAAGAUAAAGUCAUUCAGCCAUCGAUAGAAACUAUGACUGAAUCUCUUGCUAGAGUGCUCUGCCAGCACCUGCAGGACAAAAUCACUCUUCUGCUCCAGAAUGUUAAACAGCUAGUGGAGCACAGAAGCUCUCCGUACGACUGUCUUCCUACACCAUGUGGCUGCAACUAUUCAUUAUUAGAUUUUUUUCUGAAUCUGCUUAAGGCCAAAAGUUCCCCAAAUCCAAAAGAGCUAUCACUCUACUACAAGAUUCUUCUACACACUGUUGUGGACAAAACAGUGACGCAAUUGUUGACGAAAGGAUGUGAGGUAGAGGAAUCACCGAUGGGCUCCCCUCAGUGUGAGCUCGUUUCAUUGCUUCAUCCCGUCCUUCUAACGACGAUCAUGGAAAAUCUCAUCCCUUCAAACCAAGUAGAGGACGCUUCUUGCAACACAAUACCGUCCUCUGAACAAAACGAAGACACCACAGAGGUCCUGGGUUCAGGACAGUGUGAAGACUCUGUCAAUGGACAGACAACCACAGUUGACACAAAUCCAAGAAGAACAUGGAUGAAAAAAGUCUGGGACUUCUUCAGAGGAGUGUGGCAGAGGGUCAGACGACCUUUCAGCAGACGAUCCAGUUCCAGCAAUGCUUUGAAUGUGGACAAUCUGCUGGAUUUAGUUGAAAGGGUCCAAAGUAUAUUAGUGGAGGACCUUAAGGACAACCUGUUUCCUCUACUGGUGGAGUUUGUAAAGAUUCAAUUUCCUUGUACAUCCACUAGUUCAAACCAGACCAGGGACCAUAAUGGACCCUCUGGAACCAGUGCCACUAAAGAUCAGCAGCUUGAAACAAAGCUACGAGGGGAAAACUUGACACCUAGUAACACAGACACUGUUGUGGACAGUAUGGCCCUGAGAAUUCGUGUGAGGCAGGUCCUGUUCAGUAGUGCCAGCAGCACACAGCAAGAUAAAGUCAGUCAGGAACCAUCAGUUAAAACAAUGACUGAAUCUCUUGCUGGAGUGCUCUGCCAGCACCUGCAGGAUAAAAUCACACCACUGCUCCAGAAUGUAAAACAACUACUGGAAUGCAGAAUUUCUCAAGACGACUGUCUUCCUACACCAUGUGGCUGCAAAGAUUUUGCAUUAGAUUUAUUUCUAAAUUUGCUUAAGGCCACAAAUUCUUCAAGUCCAGAGGAGCCAUCGCUCUUCUACAAUAUCCUUCUGCACACUGUAUUGGACAAAACAGUGACGCAACUGCUGGCUAAAGGAUUUGAGGUAAAAGGGUCACCCAUAGGCUCCCCUCAGAGUGAGCUUGUUUCACUGCUGCAUCCUAUAAUUUUAAUUACAAUCAUGGACAAUCUUGUCCCAUCAAAACAAGUAGAGGAUGCUUCUUUAAACACCACCACAGAAAUAUCUGCAGAUCCUGUUGAUGAAUUCCCAAUUCAAUGCACAAAACCAAGAAGGAAAAGAACCAAACAGGUUCAGGACGACUUCAGAGGAGUGAGCCAGGCAAUCAGACGACCUCUCAGCAGAAGAUUCCAUUCUAGCUGAUGCUGAUUUAUUUUUAUUUUUAGUUUCAUUUUAGCAAUUAAACAUUGUAAGAGAUGUUCUAGAUAAUACUAAAGCGAGUGUAGCUGCACACUUUCCAAUUGGUAUACUAAAUUUACAAGGUAUUUUAUAAGUAAACAGACAGGGAUGAGAUUGUUUAAAUAUCUCUCUGGCUAUAGUUCAUUACUUACAGAUUGCUAAUAUUCAUCUCAUCGAUCUGAUUUGUUUUGAAGUGAUUUGGGUGAAAGUUUUCCUUUUGUGUGACUUGAGCUCUAUCUGUACUGAGGUUGAGCUCCUUUAAUGAUUGGAUUGUUUGUGGGCUAAGUUAUUUUAAUGGGUUUAGUUACAGUAGACCAAAACUGAUCAGUUUAAAACUGAUCAUGUUCACUUUUGCCACUUUACUUCAGUAUUAUUCAGAACCUUUUCUUGUAAUAUUUACUUUUUUCUC